AUGCAGGGCGCAGGUUCCCGGGGCGCUCUGAUUCACAGUCCGAGCCACUGCCCAGGCAGUGGGCAUGGCUCGCCGCCUGCAGUAGCCCCUCAGAGGCGGCGGCUGACACGGAGACCAGGCUACAUGAGAAGCACAGCCAGUCCUGGGAUCGGGUUCCUGUCUCCAGCAAUGGGCAUGCCACGCCCGAUCUCAGCGGGGCUGACAGGCCAGGAGUUCUACCCCUCACAGUCCAAGGCUAGACAGUGCAGCCUUGACCUCAGGAGCCACUGCCAAGACUCACUGGUGGGCAACCCUUUUCUCAAGGGCUCCCUUACCCCUGCUGUGACCUCUGUGGGCCAUCUGCACCCAGCCCAGGGCUCUAUGAGAGAAAGGACGGUGCACUCUGGGGUUCAUUCCGGGAAUGACAGCAGACAAUCUGAGAGGCUGACUGGGGACAGUGGUUGUCGGCAAGAAUUUUUAUCUUCAGACAGCUCUAAGUCUCUGGCUCCUAGCCUUGAUGUAGCUUGGAGCAAGGGAUCGAGGGGCCUGAAGACUGUGAAACCUCUGGCAUCACCGGCGUCGAAUGGCCCCGCUGACAUCCCAUCCCUUCCCGGCUUCCAAGACACCUUUACUUCCAACUUCAGCUUCAUCCGACUCUCCCUCGGUGCCGCUGGAGAACGCGGAGAAGCAGAAGGUUGCCUGCCAUCCAGAGAGGCCGAACCCCUGCAUCAGAGCCCCCAAGAGAUGGCAGCUGAAGGAUCCGGCUCAGACAGGCCCCACGGGGAGCCUCGGCAUCUCUGGACCUUCAGUCUUCACGCUGCUCCCGGCUUGGUGGACUUGGCUCAGGGGACGAGGAGCAACAAGCAACCAGAAUGUGGCAUGGUCUCCUCCUCCGAUGCUGGCUUCUCUUCCCAGGAUGCAUCCCCCGCUGGAGGGCGGGGCGACCAGGAUGGAGGCUGGGCGGAUGCCCAUGGAUGGCACGCUCUGCUCAGGGAAUGGGAGCCCAUGCUGCAGGACUACCUACUGAGCAACCGCAGGCAGCUGGAGGUCACUUCCUUGAUUUUCAAGCUUCAGAAACUUCAAGAAAAGGCGGUCGAGGAUGGCGAUUAUGACAUGGCAGAGACACUGAGACAGAGAUUGGAAGACCUGGAACAGGAGAAAGGCCGCCUGCCCUGGGCUCUGCCCUCACAGCAACCAGCCCUUCGCAGCUUCUUGGGGUACCUGGCGACACAGACACACGCGGCCUUGCAUGGAGCCCCCCAAAGGGCUGGCAGCGAUGACCCAGAAGCCCCACUUGAGGGACAGCGGAGGACCACUGCCCAGGAUAGCCUGCCGGGACUAGCCAUCACCAGGCGGGACUGGCUUAUGCGAGAGAAAGAGCAAUUGCAGAAGGAAAUCGAAGCUCUCCGGGCAAGGCUGUCUGCGCUGGAGGCGAAGGAACAAUGGCUGAGCCAAGAGUUGGAGGAGCAGGAGAUGCUGCUCCGGUGGCAGGGCUGUGACCAGAUGGCACUGGUGGCACAGCUGUCCCCAGGCCAGCUGCAGGAGGUCAGCAAGGCCUUGGGAGAGACUCUGACCUCUGCCAGACAGGCUCCCUUCUGCGUGGAGCCACCUGAAACCCUCAGGAGCCUCCGGGAAAGGACAAAGUCACUGAACCUGGCUGUUAGAGAACUCACUGAGCAGGUAUGCUCAGGUGAGAAGCUGUGCAGCUCUCUGAGGAAGAGACUCGCUGACCUUGACUCCAGGCUGCCUGCCUUGCUGGAAGCCAAGAUGUUGGCCCUAUCAGGCAGCUGCUUCUCUACAGCCAAGGAGCUCUCGGAGGAGAUUUGGGCCGUGUCGUCGGAGCGGGAAGGGCUAGAGAUGUUCCUGGGCAGGCUGCUGGCACUCAGCUCCAGGAACGCCAGAAUACUGGGCAGCGUCAAAGAGGACUACCUCAGGUGCAGGCAGGACCUGGCCCUCCAGGAAGCUGCCCACAAAACACGCGUGAAGGCAAACACUGUGAAGUGCACGGAAGUGUUGGAGGGUCAGCUGAGCUGCUGCAGGUGCCCGCUGCUUGAGAGAGUGUGGAAAGCGGACUUGGAGGCGUGUCAGUUGCUGAUGCAGAGCCUAGAGAUCCAGGAAGCAGGCAGCAGCUCACAUGUGGAGGAUGAGAAGCAGGUGCACAGCACAGGAGAGGCGGCUCAGACAGCUGCCCAGGCUGUCCCUAGAACACCCCACCCCGAAGAGGAAAAGUCCCCCUUGCAGGAAUCUCAUGUUGUUUUUGCUGAAGUUGGAGACAAGUGCGAAGCCAUAGGCGUGAGGCUCCUGCGCCUGGAAGACCAGCUUUACGGCGCCAUGCACGGUCACGAUGAAGCUCUCUUUCAGUCUCUCCAGGGGGAGCUCCAGAUGGUGAAGGAAACACUGCAGGCCAUGUUCCGGCAGCUCCAGCCAGCAAAGGAGGCAGGAGGAGAGGCCUCAGCUUCCUAUUCGACAGCUGGUGCUCAGGAAGCCGAGGACUGAGGUCUCUGUCUUUCUCCGUUCGAAACCAAACCUGAGAAGGCCACUGCACCGGCUGGGGUCUCUCUACAGGCACUGGAACACCAGGACUCCACAAACCUCAGAGUCUGUGCAGGUCCUUAGCUCCCCAGGCUGCUUCCUCUGGGGGCUCUGCUCAGUCUCAGGAGACGUCUACAGGGUGCCUCAGUCUUCAUGUUCUCCAGCGAUGGCUGCAGCUCAGAACCAC